GGCACUCCCCCUCCUUCGGUGCCUACUCUGACAUCGAGGUCCCUCCUGCGUUGAAAUCCUGUUGAAUUCGCCACGAAGGAAAGAAGACGAAAAAAACAAACAAACAAACAUGCAGGUGGACCUCAGUUUAAAGACCAGCUUGUGGGCGUGCCUGUGGGCGUGUGCGUGGGCGGCCGGCAUUCGCUCCUCUGACCCGAACCUGCAGAUCGUGGGGGAGCCGCAACUGGAUCCAGACACUGUGCCUAUGGUGCCCCUCGGGAAUCCGGAUACUAUGGAGAACGAUAUUCCAGGAGCUCCCUUAAGUCCGAAAGAUUUUGAAAACAGCGCCCACAUGAUCCACGAAGCGAUCGACACCCACCAGCAGCCCGACCCCAUAGAACUGGCCGGACUCUAUCAGGGGGACAUCAUCCUCAGCCCGAGAGAUCCUAGCUAUCCUGCCAUGAACGAUGCCAAACCAGUGUUCCUGAGAAAUGCCAUGGUGGACAUGAGUCGACGGUGGCCCAAUGGGGUUAUUCCUUACGUCAUUUCCUCCUCGUAUAAUACAAAUGAGCGAGCCACCAUCGCCAUGGCCAUCGCUCAAUACCACGAGAAAACCUGCCUACGUUUAGUGCCGAGGACUAUCGAGAGAGACUACAUACACAUACUUAAGGGCGACGGGUGUUCCAGCUCAGUGGGCCGAGUGGGAGGUGCCCAGAAAGUCUCUCUCGGUCCAGGCUGUCUCUACGUGGGGAUUGUCAUGCACGAACUCAUGCACGUGGCAGGCUUCUGGCAUGAGCAGUCACGUGCAGACCGGGACAACUUCAUUACCAUUAAUAAGCUGAACGUACAACACGGGAUGUGGUACAAUUUCGAGAAGUAUUCUUGGGACAAAAUACAAACCCUUGGCGUUGGGUACGAUACAGGCUCCAUCAUGCACUACGGCCCAUAUGCUUUCGCCAAGGACAGGUCUCUGCCGACGAUCAUCCCGAGGCAGACGGGCGUCGAAAUUGGGCAGAGGAUAGGAUUUUCGACGAAAGAUAUUCUAAAACUUCAAAAAAUGUACAACUGCGUGAACGGAAGCACGGAUACGGUCGUCACAACCUCUGCACCGAUCACAACCCCAGCGCCAGACCAAUGCGAAGACACGAGUGAGUACUGCACGACCUGGUCUGACCUCGGCGAGUGUGAGAAGAACCCCACGUGGAUGUCUGUCAAUUGUCGCAAAGCCUGUCGACAAUGCGGUGGUGCCACAGGUAAGGAGUGCCAAGAUAACAACAGCUACUGUGCCUUUUGGUCCGAGAGUGGCGAAUGCACCAAGAAUGCGGCUUAUAUGACGGUGUUCUGCAAACUGUCAUGUGGAGUUUGUCACAAAGAAGAGGACUACACCCCGAAGUGCGAAGACAAGCACAAGUACUGCAGCGCCUGGCACGAGGCUGGCCAGUGCCGUGCCAACCCCAACUACAUGCUGAUCUACUGCAAGAAAUCGUGCAAGCAAUGCUGAGCUCCGGGGAAUUCCUUCGCUGUGGAUUGGGAUUGGUGGAGAUUAAUGGAUUGGUGGCUGGAUUGAUAGGUUGUGUAGGUGGGAAGAAGCUUGGGUAAGUUGUUAGGGAUAUAUCACACACACAGACACACACACAAGCACACACACACACACACACACACAUACACACACACACACACACACACACACACACACACACACACACACACACACACACACACACACACACACAGACACACACACACACACACACACACACACACACACACACACACACACACACA